AUGGACUUGUGCCAAGAACAGUAUAAAAUUAGUGAAGAAAUUGCAGAAGCCUUAUUGACACGCCCUCCGGCUAUAGUUGAAAUUAUUGACGAAGCGGCUUUGAAAGUUUUGGCCAAAUUUGCGGAACAGAGCGGCCAAAACUUCUUUGAGGUAGGUUAACUAUAAGGCCUUGUUAUAUAUUUUAUAUAAGGGUUUUUGAACAUUGGGUUGAGGUGGUUUGAGAUUCGAGGUAUUUUAUUCAUCAUGAGCUUCUGCUAGGUAGUGAUGGACGAAAUUAAGUGUUUCUGGAAAUGUUUAUUAUCAAAUUGUGUGAUUUAUAACUCAAGUGAAAGCAUAAAGUCUGUGCUACAAGAUUGUGUUAGGUUUAAAAGAAAAAAAGAAAUAUAGGAUCUCACAAUUUUAUGUGCAAUUUCACCUAUUCCUAGUGUAAUAUAGACAAUUCUUGCAAAGAAAAAAUUCUUUGAGCUGUUUGUGGUAUGUCGUUUUAUGAGCCGCUAAAAAUUUCGUAAGCUAAGCAUCAAACUUAAAACAAAAUUUUUUUAAGUAUGAGAAAAUUUGUUCACUGUGAGCUUCUAAAGAUUAGGUAGUGCAGGACAAAAUUAAGUGUAGUAGAAAAGGUUAUUACCAAAAUAUCUUAUAUGUAGCUUAAAUGAGCUAAAGUCUUAGCAACAAGAUAGUACUAAUUUCUCAAGAAAAAAGUUAUAUAGGAUAUUACAAUUUUGAGUUAAAUCCCACCUAUUUCCGAUGCUAAUUUAUAGGUUGUAUAAAAAGUGUUGAGCUAUUAGAUUUUUUUGCUCAAUAACAGCAAUUUAUUUAAAAAAAAAGUAAUUUUGGCACAAUGAGCCUAAAGUUUUUCAAGCUUUUUGAUGCCGGUAAUUGAAAAUUCAGAACUUCUGGAGCCAAAGAUAGUUUUGGUGGCCUUUUUGAUAUUCUUAUAGAAAAGAUUUUUUCAAAUAAGAAAGAAAUAGUUUACGUGUAAUCUUAAGUUUGGUAUAAUGUGACAAGUAACUCUUUAUUUUCAGACCCUAAACGCAAAUUCAACCCAAUGGCCGACGAUAAAGGAAAGCCCAAAUCAAGUUCGAGAAGAGUGUAAAGCAUUGGUCAGAGAGGUUCAGGCUUUGGAUGAAAAUUUACAAGUUUUGGUAGGUUUAUAUUUUUAAAUUGUCAAAAUGUGACAUUUUUUGGGAUUGUAAACCAUUUUAAUAAUUGCUAAAUUCCUGGCUAGCGAUGUAUGAUUAGACUUGUAAAAGGGCUGGACCCAAUUUUUCUGUCAGGAUGUUCAUACUUUUUAGCAUUUUGCUUUUUAGUCUACAAUCAAACCUUGUUUUCAGAUGGACGACAGCACGAAGAAAGAGCGAACUCCAGAUUCGAUGCGAAGCCUCAGCCAACGCCGACUUCAACCCAACGCUGACGCGUUGAGUGGUGCCCUGGAACGAAUGUGGGCGGACGCAGUGGAAGAGUUCGCCGCCCCAAAACUCGAUUUCAAACGAUACUCGAUCAUUGGUUGUGUAAUAGACAAGUGCCUGCGGCUCUUCUUGGAAUGGGUCCGCAAAAACAGCUUUAGCCGGUCCGGCGUCCAACAGAUCCAAGUCGACAGUUUCUACCUAAAACAAACGUUGUGGCGCUUUGUGUCAGAUGAAAUGGCCAUGAAUGUGCUGAUCGAUGAAGCCUUAACCGCUGCUGUGAAUUUGUGUGAAGAUCCAAAGCUUUUGGAACCGGCCAAUGUCAAGGAGAUCUGCAAUCGCGCUGUUUGA